CAGUCUUGAAGUCAGCAUGGACAUGAAUUUGUCAGCGCGUUGUGCUUUGGUUCUUUUUCUGUUGGCAUUUGUAGAUUUGAAAAUAGUCUCUGCUGCAGAAACGGAAGGCACAUCUACAGCAAAGCCUGGAGUGUGCCCUGUUAGACGAUGGGGCAUGGGGAUAUGUGCAGAGUUAUGUUCCAAUGACAGUGACUGCCCCAAUGACGAAAAAUGCUGCCACAAUGGAUGUGGGCAUAACUGCAUUGCACCUUACACAGUGAAGCCCGGUCGCUGUGUCCUGCCCAACGGGACCUACAUGUGUGCCGAGUACUGUUACAAAGAUGGCCAGUGCCCCGAGGAACAGAUGUGUUUCCGGAUAUGUUGAUUCUAUGCCUGCAGUGAGCCAUUGAAGCUUUAUUGGAAAUUCUUAUUCGUUAUAAGAAAUAAG